AAGUGUUUAAGUUGGAGUACACCGGUAUGGCUUCAUUGUCUGGUUUUAACAUAGCGUUUCAAUGGGUUUAUUCGACUGCUCUUUUCUUUUGUUUCAUUGUUCCUUAUCGUUUUGGUAUCGAUUAAUUACCUACAGACAGUUCCAACAAUUAAGUAGCUUAACCCCAACAAACUAAAAAAGCCAAAAAUUAGAUUUUUGGGGGGAAAUAAUGCCCCAACUGAAGAGCAAAAACGGCAACCAGAUAAGCUAAAGUAGUUGGAGAAGAUCAUCGUGAACGUGCAAAAUAAUUCCCAGGGAAAAAUAGAAACUAGUGCGUUUUGGCUGAGUAGUUUUCUCAAAGUUUUCUCCAUGAUUGCUAAAACUGACGCACGCACGGAUAGCCAACAAAAAUAUGCAAAAUAUUGCAUUUAUUCUCAGAUUGAGUUCAUGAUUUUUCCCCCCUUUGUCUAAAUACUCCCUCCUUAUUUCUUACACCGACGUAACGUUUUUUUUUCUUUUCCUUUUUUUCAUAAAAUAUUUGGCAGCACCUAACUGGAAAGCUAACAUGGUCAGCAUUUUGUGUACAUUUUGGUUGUCGUAACCAAACCUCGUAUUUUUCAACCUUCAUUGUAGUGUCAAAACGUAAAAACGAACACGAGGCUGGUGUGGUUUGCUGAUUAUGCUUACUUCAAACCAUCCAGUAGAAUCAUUAUAUAAUCAAUAAAUAUCUCACAACUUCUAAGUAGAGUACCAAAAUUAAAAUCAUGUGUCAAGUUACUUGUUAUUCCCAUAAAUUUUGCGUCUUUGAAAAUGAUCGCUUAAUUUACCGUAACAGAUUGCCCUAGUUUUUUGGCCUAUAAUCCUGUUGGGGCAUUUCGAUAUAGGAAAACCCCAAUGCCCGUAGAAAGCUAACAUCAAACCUAGCACUAUAAAUAGAAUGGAAUCAGUAGCUAACGGCUUUGUUGUCUUAAAACCAAUUAGCUUAUCACGUGCCAUUAGGGUAUUAUUAUUAAUUGGUCAAGGUGGUCAACAAGAGACCUGUCGUUUCUAUUACCUUUUAGUGUCGUCUGCAAAACCUGAUCUAUGUUCUUCUUUUUUUAUUCAUUUUUGUUUUCCCUCAUCACGCAGAUUACCUGUUGGAUAGAUAGACAAUACCUGUUGUUUUCGUGCUGUUGAAAUAAACCACAGCUUUCGCGUCGUCGUCAACGAUAUUGCUAGUGCCAAUAUGGUCAAUGACUCCAAAACUCUUUUAGAUGUUAAGCUUCUAGAUCUGUUCAAGACGAUCCAGUUUUGUAACCUACUUAGCACAAUGCACAAGUAUUUUUUUAAUGAUCGUCACUCUUACAUAGAAUGGAAAACAAAUUACGUCAGCCAACACAAAAAGUCGAUGCGUCAGACUGGUUUGAAAACAUGCGCUACAAGCUUACCGGUCAGAAGAAAAAGUUCGAUCACGAUUAGUCUGAGCUUUUCCUCAAAAAUGAAUUUUUAAAAAGCAUACUACUGCACGUCUUCUCUUUUGGAUACAGCGGCCUAGAUUUACAAAUGCUUUGUCGGCUGGAUUUAACCGGUUGGCUGUAUUCAGAAACACGAUGAAAUAGUUAACAUGAAAGACUGCUAGUGAGUUUAAAGCAUACAGAUUUCAUACAAAUUUAACGUAGGCUUACGUACGGGUUGACACAACGGCAAUAAUGGAAAUAGGAUUUCGAAUGCACAAAGUUGAGAAUCAAACAACACUAAGCAGAAUGCUUCGUCAUCUAGUAAUUGUUAGCACCGGGUACGACCAAACACUUAAUUUUAGUUUGGUAUCAUUUUGGCGUGUCCUUUAGGCAUAUGUCAAAAACUCACCUGUUCAAACAGAAACGGUUAGCAACGCAAAUUUUGUCAAUUGAGAGCCUUAGGGAUUAUAUACUUUACAGCAUUUAACGGAGAAACAAGGAAGACAAUACGGGCGAAUGCACGGUUGUUGUUUGACCAGCAGAUCAGACAAAUAAGCACCAGCAAACCACACCAGGCUACAAGAUGAAGCAUUGCCAAGAAAACCGAAACAAACCAUGAAAGCACCAUGGCAAUGGUAAACGCACACUGACUCGGAUUCGCGCUCGGUGGAAUCCACUUUAUAUUAAGGCAUGCGAUAGACGGGAAAACUUUUCAAAGCUAUAGAGCUCCAGGCACUGAGAGGAGGUGCUAACACAGCUUUCCUUAUUGAGAACAACGUGCACAACCUAACCUGAACAAUAAGGAUGUUACGUUCUGCGGUGGUAAGUAGAAAGGUAUGCUACAAAUUAUUGCCGCAGGUUCCACGAUCUUUUGCCUCGUGCAAGACAAGACCCCUAAUGACUACUCAAUUUGAAAGUGAAAGCUUCUUUUGCGGGAAAAACAGAAAGCAAGUAGAGUACGUGGAAAUCGAAAUCUGGUUGGAUGAGACGAAUCGUGACUGCUAGAAGUGUUGGCAUCUUACACUCAAGCCCUCAAGUACCAGAAGUGUUUCCAAGAAGGCACCACCUCUGUGUGUUACGUAAACUUAAUAUGGCCGAGGAUUCCAUCACACUUUUCAGAUAACUUCUAUAGGAAAACUAUGGUCAUCAAGAGAAAGAAAAUAUGCAGAGACAUGUAUUUUGUGUAAAAGAAACUUACUCCUGGGCAUCCAAGUAUCAAAACAACACAACGGCCUUGGUAUUAUCGAUAUUAUAUGGAGUAGUCGUAUAGUCAGCGUGUGAUGUUAUGAUGUGGAUUCAUGGAAUAGAUAAGCAAGUUCCUCUUCAGUGACGCAUGAUGACAUAUCCCAUAAUCACAUAAAGGACAAUGUGUAGCUGUGCCAAUCAAAUGUUCAUUGUUGUGUGGUAAACCAUGGAUAGUAGAGCUGUAAUAUUGAAUUACCUUGUGGUUGCAGUUUUCCUGGUUAAUGUUACCUGUGGCCCAGUGCGACCAUGUCGAAGCAAACGGUUUCCUUACUCGAUUGCAGAUUCGGAACAAUGCGACCAGUUCUUCAGGUGUAGGAAUGGUGAAAUGACUGAAGAACUCUGUCCAGACGGGCAGGUCUAUGAACCUGAAAGUCAAUCUUGUUUCAUGCCUCAGCGAGUUAUCUGCGGCAAGAGAAAACGUUUACAAGCGCCACGGGGAAACGCUGUGUGUCCAAGACUAAACGGCAGAUAUCCUAUUGAGAAUGAAUGUUUUGCUUAUAAUGAAUGUGUGCAAGGGAUACCUACUAAAAUAAACUGUCCCCCAGGUUUAAUUUUCGAUGAGGAUCAAGCGGUUUGUGAAUUUCCCGAUAUGGCAAACCGCACAGGAUGCUCAGCUGAUAAAAUUUUGAACUUCACUUGUCCGUACGGAUCAAACGUGCAAUCAGACGAUGUUGUUCUGCCCUUUGGUGAUCAUGCGCGUUUCCCUAAGAAGGACGAUUGUCGGCAUUUCUUCAUGUGUUUGAAAAGUGGUCGACCUCGCUUAGGAGGAUGUCCAGUAGGAUCAGCCUACAACCCGAACACUUUCUUUUGCGAUAAGCCUGCAAACGUUCCUGGAUGGUAAGUAACUUUGGUAUUAAAGAAAUUUGUAAAAUGAAGUUACAAAGUCACCAGAACUUGAAUUUCAAUAACAGAAGAUACAUUUGAUUUUCUUAACAGUGAAAAGUUUUACAAGGACUGAUAGGCAUCAUUGCAAAUUUCAAAGAAAAAUGUUCCUGAUAUCUUUCUCACACUGGAAAUUUCCUUUAACAUGUUGAAUCAUUCUAAUCUGGAAACUGAUGAUGAAGGAGUAACAACAUUUGUUCUGCUGCUAUAUUUUUGCAGAUUUUUUUGGAUUUUCCCUCUCCUGUUACGCAAAAUUGUAUUAUUCUUUUACGACGUCUAUCAAUAUUAAUAAAUCUUACCUCGGGUGA